AUGGUAUCUAAUUCCUUCACUGAACACAGAGCUCAGGAAUUCGCGACUCCAGCCGACGAUUCGACGCUACGCUCUGAACACCCUCGAAGCUCGACCCCUCCGCUGAGCCCAUCGCAGGCAGCUCUCGGCCAGUCUGCGCCCCUCAUGGCUGACCACCGACCGAUUUCCGAGUCGAAAAAUGUGGCAAGCGGCUUGGUACAGGACGUGUCACUCUCUACCCGAUCGUUGGAGGAUGAUGCCUCGCCGUCGGAAAAGUCUCGCAGAGAUGGCCCUACCUUCAUGCAGAUCAUGAAGGCAUGGUAUCCUGAGCUUCUCUGGGUUGCAUUUGACGUUGCGCUCCUCGUUGCUCUGAUCAUCAUCCUCGCCGAAUUCAAUGACAAGCCGAUGCCGAAAUGGAAACUGGGCCUAACCCUGAACACUGUCGUCGCCAUUCUCUCGACCGUGAGCCGGGCGAUGACCAUCAUCCCUCUGGUCGAGGCCAUGUCACAGCUGAAGUGGAAUUGGUUCGCCUCAAAACAGAGACAGCUCCGGGAUGUGUACUUGUUCGAUCAGGCGAGCCGUGGGCCGUGGGGAGCCAUGGUCCUGAUCUUCAAGACGCGUGGAAGACUCAUCACCUUCGCCUGGGUUGCGGCUGUGAUUCUAGUAUCCGGUCUCGCUACCUCAUUCUUGACACAGUCCGCCGUCACCUACGACCAAGACAGAUUUGUCCAAGUCGACAAUGCCGAGCAGGCAUCGGUCCUCGUCGCCCCGACCUGGCCAGUAUUUAGCAAGUCUAGCAAUGUCACAUAUGAGCAUGACCCAAGCUUCGGGUUCGGUAUUACCCGAUCUGCGAUCCGAGCCGCAUUUCUAAGCGAAGGAGAAACAUGGGAACCUCCCCAACCGCGAUGUCCCGAGGUCAAAUGCGAAUGGCCACCUACAAGCUCUCUUGCCGUGUGCGCCAGUAUACAAAACGUGACAGAGCAUCUUACCUUCGAGACGCGCGACAACAGGGUCAAUGACUCCUACACCGAGAGCAUCACCAACGCUGCUCUUCCCAAUGGUCGUGCCCUUCUCAGCAAGGUACUCGAGACGGGCGUGAAGGCAAUCGGGGGUAACAUGACUGCUUCAGAGUACAAGUUUCCUAUAGAGGAGUUCAACGACCACUCCGUUGCAGACAGAUGGGACACACUUGCGAAAUGGGACAAUCAAGACAUAUUGACGACAGCACUGUCCCAUUUUUACGUCAUCUAUAGCAACAACAACCAAAACGAGGAUCCCAAAUACAGGUUCAGGGCAGCCGAGCUUGUGUAUCAUCUCUGCGUUAAGACUUAUGACGUGGGAUUCGAAAAUAGCGAGCCCACUACCAAGACCGCAUCGACUGCGGUCAAGGUCGACGAGCUUCUUCACCCAGGCCCCAAGUUUGACCAGGAGGAAAGCUCUCUGACCAUGUUGAGCGAAGAAGGCAACGGCCCUUUCAAUGUGUCCGUCGGCUGGACGUUUGAGAUUAUGAGGAACUAUUUCAAACAUGCGUUUACCGGGUCCUGGGUCUGGAACAUCAACGAAACGGAAAUUAUGCCUACAGCUCCCGAACUGAUCUUCCGAAACAUGUUCUUUCGCUUCAACGAGUCCACGCCGGACGAUGAAUUCGACCUCAGAGCCGUCGGAAACCUCCAAAGUCUCACUGAUACCAUUGGCGAUGCCAUGACUGCUUACAUGCGAGAAGUAGACCCGAACCGAGCCAAAUCCGGAGUUGCCUACAGACAGCAAACCAUGGUCAAGGUUCGCUGGGAGUGGCUCAGUCUCCUGAUCAUUCAGAUAGGGCUGACCCUUUUAUUUGUCAUUGCCGUCAUGAUCCAAACAGCCAGGCUUGGAAUGGAUGUGGUCAAGAGUUCCAACACGGCCGAAUUGUUCGCAUUCCAGGGUAUGCACGAAAACGGAGCUGGCUCUAAUCUUGCCCAGGAGACGGAUGGGUUGAAAUACAGAGGCAUCAAGACAGAACUGUCUCCAACUUUGGCUGGGCAGCUCGUACGGGGGGAGGAUGGCUGGAAGUUGAAAAUUUCAUAA